AUGGCAGCCGAAAAAUUCAACGAAAACUUGAUACGAAUGGUCGAUGGUGCCGACAUUCGGGCGCCCAUGUGUGAUGAGUUUAAGAAGAUGCUCUCUGGGAUGAAUUUCAAGGCACGUCUCGCCGACCGUAUGCCGAAAUUCAAGUUGAAUGUCCGCCGGAAACUACUCAAGUUCAACGACUCCUCCAUUAAUGACGAAGAUACUCUCGAUGAUCUCAAAAUGCGUCGGAUGGCCGUGGCCAAGACUUUUAUUGGGAAACUCGGCCCCGAUACGAAUAUCGAGGCGCCAUUGUUCUGUACCUGGGGCUGCAACACCUUUAAUGGCCAGAAUGUCUAUAUCAACAGGGAUGUUUCGAUAUUUGACAGCGCGCCAGUCAAAAUCGGUGAUCGUGUUCUCAUUGGUCCUGGCGUCUGUAUCUGCACGGAUACGCAUGAAAUCGACGUUGAAUCUAGAAAGCAAAGCCAAAAGGGAUCGUAUGCCAAACCAAUAAUUAUCGGCGACGAUUGCUGGGUUGGGGGGGGAGUCAUUAUAGUUGCAGGGGUUACUAUUGGAGAUGGAUCGACGGUUGCGGCUGGAGCCGUUGUGGUCAAGGAUGUUGACGCAAACUGUCUUGUGGGUGGUGUACCCGCCAAAGUUAUAAGGAGGCUUGAUGAAGGAGCUAUAUUAUCAAAGUAA